CGUUAAUGAAAGGAAGAGUCUUACAGCGGCUUAGUUCAAGGGGAGGGCGAGGUCUGGAGUUUGCUUGGAGAUAAAGCCCAUGACCUUGGUUAUAAAAAUUGACUGCCUCGUUUAACACAUCCCAGCUGCUGCAGCGGCAGGUUGGCAGCAGUAUGAGAGGAAUGUGCGGAGUCCGGGAGCAAGUUGCAGCACUCCCCAAGAGGAGGGGGGCUGAAGAAGCAGAGUGUGUGGAGUGUUUUUCUCCUGACAGAGCGGAGCGAGGAGGAGGCAGAGCUGCACCCCCCCGCCCUUCCCCUUCUUGAUUGGUGAAGAGCACGUCUCAAGACUUUGCUGGAAAGGGAAAGAAAGAGGCAAACACUAAACUUCUUUCACAACAAACAGGGUGACGCUGAAGGAGUGAAAGAACGGUACAGGGAGAAAGCAGUGACCCACGUCAUGAAACACCUGCCAAUCUCCAGAUGGCUGAAGCAGCUGGGCCUGGCUGAAUACUGCAAGUUGUUUGAAGACGAGUACGAUGGCGUGGAGGACCUCCUCCACCUGACAGAAUUGGAUAUACGACAGAUGGGAGUUCGCAGCCAGAAACAUAGAGAACACAUCCUUUCCAGUAUCCAGGUGCUGAAAGAGAUGGAGAGGAGAAGAGAGCUGAAGAUGAUGGCUGAGGGGAAGUUUGUCAGCCUCCCAAGGAACAUGCACAUGAGCCGGCAGUGUUCACUCGCUACCUCCAUGGACCUCCUGAGCAGCAGGCCGGCCGUGGCAGAGCCCCGGCCUAGUGCCUAUCAAGUGGCAUCCAUCCAUGGCACCCUGCCCAGGAAGAAGAAGGGGGCUGCCCCCAUCCGCUCCUGCGACAUGUACAGCCACAUGGGCACCCUGCCUCACCCUGCCAGGGUCCGGCUUCCCUCUUCUCCGCUCCUUCACAAUGUCAUCGAGGAGCACCCCGUCCCCACACAGAGUAACUGCAAGGCCACGAUCAGGGAGCAGUACUGUAUGGAUCCCACACUGGAAUAUGUGAAGUUCUCCAAGGACAAGUACAUCAUGGAGGGCACUCCUGAGAAACUCCGCAAGGAACUAGAGGAAGAGCUCAAGCUGAGCAGCGAGGAGCUACGGAGUCAUGCCUGGUACCAUGGAGCCAUUCCCAGACAGGUUGCAGAAAACCUAAUCCAGAGGGAUGGAGAUUUCCUCAUCCGGGAUUCUCUAUCCAGCCCUGGGAAUUAUGUCCUAACAUGCCAGUGGAAGAACAGCCCCCAGCAUUUCAAGAUAAACAAGAAGGUGGUGGCCAUGAAUGAGGCCUACUCCCGCGUACAGUACUUAUUUGAGAGGGAGAGUUUUGACAAUGUUCCUGCCCUGGUGCGUUUCUAUGUGGGCAACCGCAAGCCAGUGUCGGAGGUGGUGGGCGCCAUCAUCUUCCAGCCCAUUAACCGUAACCUCCCGCUGCGCUGUCUGGAGGAGAAGUACGGGGUGACCGUGGUCAAGAUUGAACCGGAUCAGAAGCCUCAGUCAUCCAAGAGACUGAGCCUGAACAUAGCAAAUGGCCACUCACAGGACCACACACUCACCAGGGGAAACCUCUUAAGAAACAAGGACAAGUGUGGAAGCCAGCCUGCUUGCCUCAACCAUGUGCAGGAGAGGAGACGACCACUGAAGACUCAUCAGUCAGAGAGCUUUCUCCCCCUCAGCUCCAAGCCCCAGCCCCAGCUGAUGGAGACACAGCCCAGCCCAAAGUCCCCUGUGUUCAGGACAGGAAGUGAGCCGGCCCUGAGUCCCACCGUGCCACGAAGAAUGACCUUCGAGACGCAGGCUGGAGAGGCCAUCCGGGGGUCCGACAGCCAGCUAUGUCCCAAACCACCGCCCAAGCCGAGCAAGGUGCCAUCCCUUCGGCAGCCCUGCUCCCCCUCCCUCCAGUCCACCCAGCAGCAACACCAGCCCGAGGUCAACUACUGCGAGCUCACUCCCUGCAGCCCUGCGGAAUGGGAGAGACUGGCCCACAUGCAGACGCCGCCGUUCUCCAACAGCUAUGUGGACAGACUGAGGACGGAGGAGAUCAAGAAGUUCAGCUACAGGACGCCGGAGAACAAACAUGCCACCCUGGAUCUGAACUCUUACCACCUGGCGAUGGAGUCAGUGGAGGACGGAAAUGAGGAGGAGGAAGGAGAUCUGGGGUGUGAAGGGGAGAGCAAGCAGGUGGUGGAGAAAAGGAUGUCCUUCAGGCAGCCGGUCUUUGAGACGGUGUCCACGUUCAGGCCCAGUGACUACCAAUCCAGGCUGCUCCCCUCAGAGAACAAGCCCCUGGAGAUGACAGUGCUUAAGAAGGCCAAAGAGAUGCUGGUCAACAAGGAUGUUAAGACCAUUGCCAGGCACAUCCUUCAGGCUGACUGCCAGGUUGCUAGGAUACUGAAUGUCUCUAAAAAGGUCAAAGGGCAGAUGGGAGUGAACUCUGGCCUAGAACUGGUUACCCUGCCCCAUGGUGAACAGCUACGGCAGGACUUAAUUGAAAGACACAACACAAUGGCCAUCGGGGUGGCAGUGGAUGUCCUGGGAUGUACGGGCAGUUUGGAUGAGCGGGCCGCCACGCUGAACAGGAUCAUUCAGGUUGCCAUAGAACUGAAGGACUCAAUGGGAGACCUCUUUGCAUUCUCUGCAAUCAUGAAAGCCCUGGACAUGCCACAGAUCACUAGGUUAGACCACACAUGGACCACCCUGAGGCGCAAAUACACGCAGACAGCCAUCAUGUAUGAGAAGUCCCUGAAGCCAUUUUUCAAAGGCGUAUAUGAAGGAAGUGUGGACGUUCCUCUUAGCAACACCACAGUGCCCCUCCUGAUGCCUCUCCUCACUCUCAUGGAGCGCCCAGCAGUCACCUUUGAGGGAAUGGACUUAUGGGAGAGCAGCGACCAAGGAUGUGAAAUAAUGAUGAGGCACCUGGAAGCGGCCAGAGUGGUAGCGGAAAAUGCCGACUCCUACAGUGCAAACGUGGAGCGUGUCCUUCAAGAUUUUCAGCCCAAUGAAGACAUGCUGGAAAUCUUCAAGACUGACUUCCAGCUGAGGUUGCUGUGGGGCAGCAAGGGGGCAACAGUGAACCAAUCGGAGAGAUACGAGAAGUUCAAACUUAUUCUCACGGCCUUGUCGAGGAAACUGGAGCCCCCUGUCAAGCACACCGAACUCUGAAAUGGGGAAACAAUUGAUGACAAAAUCACCAAAGCAAAGCUAGGGAAAGGAAAGGCAUGACCCGGAGUGAUGUCCCGGUCGGUUUUAUGCACAUUGUCUGUAAUUGUGCAAGCCUUUCUGCUCAUGUGGAUGUGAAGAGGGAGUCGGGACUUUAGUCCUGGCAUUGCUUGUAUUCAAACUCUAGAUCCUUGAACCAGCUCCUGGAUGUAAAGUUAACACACCUUCUCAGAUCAAGCCAAGCAAGGUCAGAGUUACUCUGCACAAAUGGUUUGUUUUUUAAAAGAUCAUUAGAGAAAACCUUCACUUUACAGUAGUUUUUAACAAAACUAUAGAUGGCGUACAAGCUGCUUUUCUGUGUCCUAGAUGACCACUUUACACACAAAGCAUUGCGGAUUCAUUCCCGCUAUCAGUCCGUCACAGUACCCUAUUCUGGGGAGUCAGAGUCAUCAGAUGGGACAUAUGCAUCUCUGAGACCAUGCGUAUGCGAGGAACAUGAAGAAAAAACAGAACGUCAACACAAAGAGGGAUUUUAGGUGAAAUUUUCAGGAGGCAAAACUCCAUUAUGGUUCACUAAAACAGUGGGUAACAAUGAACUGUAGCCCUUUCCAAAGGGAAUGUUUUUGUAAGAAAGUACUAAAAAAAGUAGCUUUGCCAGUUAAAAGGGCAGAAACUACACAGGGGAUCAUAGGAAAAGUGGGCUGGGCUGCCUGCCUGGGCUGUUUAACUGGAACACACGAUGGUGUUGGACAGCUGCUGACGACGAGGGAGAAACAGCUGUCCGGGCAGGAAGUGAAAAAGCCAGCAAUUGUGUGAUAAUUCAUGAGCGAGAUCAAGUGCAACUUUUCGUUCAGGAUUAAACUGCACUGCAUGUUGGGACUUGUGUUUAAACAGCUGUUGAAGAAUUAAAGAAAAGUAUUCUGCAACAGCCUGAAAAAUUAAAACUGGUUAAAAACAAUACCAGAUGACUGUUGUUGCCGGAAAUAUUUUGUUCAUAUAUUCGUUAGUUGAUGUGAAGUAUUAUAAUACCCAGAAUACCGAUAAAUGGACUGCAGUCUGUACACAAUUGAACUGUUGGCUCUGUACACAAUUGAACUGUUGGCUCUCUUAUGAGCAUGUGAAUGUGAGACUGUGUAAUAUAUUUUUACGCUAAAAUAUCAUUAACAUGUAAAUAGUUAUAUAUUAAUUUUAUCUUUGUAUGAAAUAUUGUGGGAAAUUAAAGAAUAAAUGGGUAAAUGUGUAAUCACA